AUCCUCUCCUUUUCAUCUGUGUUUACAUGUCACUGUGUCUUCAGAUGGUCUAGCUGUUCCUAGCUCUUCUCUGGGACUCAUCAUGGACUACUCUCAGCCAUUCUCGGUGCUCAAUGAGCAGCUGAGACCUCGGCUGACCUCCAGCGAGCAGCUUCACUCUUCCCUCUGCAGGCUGGAGGACAGGAAGCUGGACUCCAGCUCCAUGAGGACCAAAUACAUGUUGUACAGAUCAUCUAUCCUACCGACAGAAACAGAACCACAGACCUCCAUCAGCAACACAGAGGAUGCAGAUCAACAUCAAACUAGCACAGAACAAGAAGGUUUGGGCUUCAGCAGCACAGAGGAGGGACUUUCCUCGGAUCUGCUGCCUUACAUCAACUCCUGCUUCAACAGAGAUUUUAACAUAAAGGACGAGGAUGAAGACGGGCAGGCCAACGACAACAGCAGCAUGACUCAGUCCGAGGAGACGGACAGCUCAGGUGAAAUGGGCUCAGAGGAGGCAAGGGACUCCGUGAAGACAGGAGCCGGAGCCGAAGCGGGAGAGAGCCCCUUCCAGAGGUUCUACGCUGACAAGACCUUACCAGACCUGAUCAGCACCGGCAGGCCGCUCGGCAGACGCAGGACGCUGACACAUGUCUCAGAUACGCUUAAAGAAGUACGUAGGGAGGUGGAGUUGUCCCGCAGGAGGAGCAUCAAGCUUAAGGCUCAGGUGGACAAACUGCAGGGGAGCACUGAUGGACCCGGCUGGAGCAAACACCGGGAGACGGUCACAGAUGAAGUUCUGUCAGUUCUGAGGCUGUUAAACCCACUGGUAGAGCCUGAAUCCAGCAAACCUGAGCCCCGAGGGGGGGAGAACCGGCUGGACGCUGCGCUGGUGGAGCUGAAGAAUGUGGCCAGACAGCUGGCAAUCAGCCAUACCAAGCAGGAUUCUAAAUCUUGGAAAAAUGGAGCAGAAGAGAGCGCCGUCCUGCAGCAGGCUCUGAGGGACAGAGAUGAGGCCAUAGAGAAGAAGAAGGCGAUGGAAGGCGAGGUGCUGCGGAGUAAGACCGAGUUGAUGGCGCUGAACAACCAGCUGCUGGAGGCCGCACAGAAACGUCUGGAGCUCUCACUGGAGCUCGAGGCCUGGAAGGAGGACUUUCAGCGUCUCCUCCAGCAGCAGGUGAUGAGUCAGCAGAUGGCAGAGCAGCAGGCCCAGAAUAAGUCAACUCGGAAAGGCCUCCUGAGGCGAAACAAACAGCCUCCCAUCCAGCGGCCGACAAACUUCACAUUCGGAUCACCCGCACCUCCUACCACCAACUCCAACCAGAUCUUUGUGAACAAGCCUGCCAACCCUUCUGCACCGGCUCCCAGCAUGGCCUCUCCUCCUGCUGCUGCCUCCGCUGGAACUCGCACCUGGAGGGACAAGUUGAAGAAGACCAGGCCUCGCUUCCCGUAUCAGGACGGAGCCGAGCAGGAGAAGGAGUGGGGCAGAGGAGACGAUGGCUUUCAGGUGGUUUGCCUCGACUGAAACCAUCACAGGACAUCCAGCACACUGGAGCUUUCCAGAGACUCACACAAAUAAUAAUAAUGCUGCUUAUUGUGAGGAUGUUUGAAGGGUCAGAAUGAUGGCAGUCCACACUACAAAAACAAUCUAGAAAAAAUAAGUAGAAAUGUUUUAAAUUAAAUGUAUUUACCCUUAAUUUUAGUAAGUAAAUAAGAUGAAAUUUGCCAAUGGAAUAAGUAUUUUUCCCAUUAAAAUUAGAU